ACUGACUUAAAGCACAAUGGUUGCUGGCAUGCUGAUGCCCAAACGGGAUCUAAGAGCCAUCUAUGAGAUCUUGUUUCGCGAUGGCGUUAUGGUGGCCAAGAAGGACAAAAGGCCUGAGUUCAAGCACCCUGAAGUGCAAGAUGUGAGUAAUCUACAAGUAAUCCGUGCUAUGGGCUCCCUUAAAUCUCGUGGCUAUGUCAAAGAAACAUUUGCUUGGAGACAUUAUUACUGGUACCUGACCAAUGAUGGCAUUGUUUACCUGCGCGACUACCUCAACCUGCCCACAGAGAUUAUUCCAGCCUCUCUGCAGAGGAUUAGAAAGCCAGCUGCCACUUUGGCCAUUGCCCACCGUGCUGCCCGGGUCCAAUCUGUACAAGGUCCUACAUCUUAUGUUCCCAAGCCGGGACGCAGGGGUGAAAUGGAGAGCCAGGAAGCAUUGGCCGAGCGUCAAGGUUACCGCCAUAAGAUGAUGGGUCCUGGGGAUCGAGAGAAUUUCUCAGAAAGAACUCCCAGGUUCAGGGGCCGUUCACUGAAUGUAGAACCAGUUGGGCCAAAAGUACCACGAAAUGUUGAGGACCAACAUCAGUCUCUUUAUAGGAGAGGAACCAGCUUCAACAAUGAAUUAAUGAUGAUGGAGGAGAACAAGGUAAAAAAAGUCCCUCGUCCGGAGCCUAAUGUGAGAGCGUCAGGUGAGAAGAAAAUGGAGGUCCAAAAGGAAAGGAUGCCAAGUUCUUCUGUUCAGACAUUAGCUCUGAAGCAGGAUGUGUCACAGACCACUCUGACAUCAGCCCUACCAUUAUCUGUGGCUGCUGUUGGUGCAACUGCAGGUGCUGCAACAUCAAAGAACACUAAAUCCUUCUCUACCGGAACAAGCAAAGAAAUAAUGAAUAAUGAGGAGAUUCCUAUCGAUCCAGCUGUCACAUUGCUAUCUGGUAUGCAAAUCAAAGAAGAGAAAGCCAAAUUGGAUAACAUCAAUGUCAAAACUAAAACAGAAUGUGGUACAGUAAAGCCCAAACCAGUUAUGAUGGAAUCUACUCAAGAAACCUCUACAGAUCUUACAAGCACUGUCAACACUAAACCUGUUGCUAAAGAUGUCAGAAAUGGAAACCCUACAAAAGAAAAUAUGUAUGAGGAAUCACCUAAACCCACAGAGGCAAAGACAAAAGUCUCAGUGUCAUCAAAAACUGCCAAAGUAAUUCAGGAGAGCACCAAACCCAAACAAGACAGCCAUACCAAGACACUGGCAGGGUCCACUACUGCAGCAGAGGGAAUCGCCGAAAUUAAAAUGACUCAAGAAACAAUUAAAGCUGAAGUAAAAUCCGAGAAUCUCACAGAGAAGGCUAAAACUGUUCAAGUGCCUUUGAUGAAAUCAGCAGUAAAUGAAUAUUCAACACUUGAAGUUAAAACUGUCAACGGGACUACGACUGCCUCAGCACCACCAGUCAAGGCUGAGGAUGCACAACCUGACACAGUGAAAGUGGCAGUGAUAGAGGUGACUGAACAGCAGGAUGAAACUGGUGUAAAUUUUCCUCAUAUCCAAAAAGAUAAAGCGGUGCUGCCAGAAGAGGUCUCUAAAGUCUCAGUACAGGGACAUAAAAAAGUGCAAGAAGACUUCCAGUCAUCUCUGUCUGUUCAAACUACUGCCACCACAGGAGAGGUUAAAGAAGCCAAACCAGUAGUUGAAGGUAGCUCAAAAUCCAAAAAAAAGAAAAAGAAAUCUCCAGGUGAAAUAUCAAAGAACAUCAGUCCUGAGGAACCCUCUCACUCAAAAAUGGAGAAGGUUCAAACCUCUAAAGUCAAGUCCACACAGGGUGUGGAAGCAAAUAACGAGCAACCUACACCAGCUACUUCCUCAGAGACUUUAACCGAGUCCAUUAAGGUUGAGGGUAAAUUACACAGUAAGAGGGAACAGAUAAAAGAAGUCACUAACAAACCUGAAGGGCAGCUAAAUGUGGAGGGACAUAAACAAACUAAGACUAUAUCAGAAAAAGCAUCACUACAAUUAGGUGAUAUCCCUGCAGUGUCCCUAGUGGAUGUCCAAGUAGAAGAUAAAAUAGAGUUGAGCAAUGUCAGCAAGAUCACACAGGGACCAAUCUACCCCAAGGUCGAGUUAAAGGCUGCGUUGCCCCAAAUGGAGCCAGUGAAAUCUGAGGAAAUGACUGUCCCCAGAGUGGAAACAGUGACAGUGCAGAAAAUAAGUCAAGUGGAGCUCAUGCAAGAAAACACUAAAUCCGAAGAGAAAAUCCUGGAGUCAGUGCCAGAAUCUCAGAAAGCCACUGUUGAGACUAAAUCCUUAAUAAAUGCAGCAGAAACUGCAAAAGAGCCAUCAAAGGGAAAGAAAAAAGGAAAAGGGAAAAAGCAGGCUAAGCAGUCACCAGAAUCAGAAACUAUAAACACAAAGCCUGUUUUUUUGCCUGAAGCAGAAACAUUGCCAAUCCAUGACAUAACAACACCGCCCGAGACCACAGGUCGAAACACCCCUGUUAUGGCCUCUGAACUGACAGGAACUAAAGUUCCUCCAAAGAUGACUCCUGAAAGAAUGUGCAGUGAGGAAAUCAGCCAGGCAGCAGCUGUGCUCUCAGCAGACAAAGGGGAGGUGGAGCCAGCACCACUCUUUGCAGGAAAAAUAAAGCGGGAGGUUCCGAAACCAGAGACAUCUUCAACUUUGAGGGAAGCACCAGCAGCCAGAGAAUCAGCGUCAGCAGCACCAGCACAGGCAGCUGAGGCUCAGGCCAGCCCUCUCGUCAAGCAAGAGGAGCCUCCCAGGGUUGCACAGCAUUCGGCCAGUCAGGCAGCAGAGUGCAGCACAGAGGAAAGACUCUCUGUUUCUGAGGCCUUACAGCAGAAAGAAGAGAAGAAGAAGGACUCGGAAAAGGACACACCCUCUGUCACUGACACACCUGUAGCCCAGCCUGACCUAUCUCAGCUAAGGGGCACCUGUAACUCCACAAGACCUGACAUAGACGAGGCCACCAUGAAGAGAAAAAUAGUAGUGGUUGAAGAGAUUGUUGAAGUGAAGCAGGUCCUUAGUCCUCAGGUUGCUGGGGAGCAGUCACCUCCUCCACCUGUACAGCCUGAGGGGGAGGAAGAAGAACUGGACCUGGAUGUUCUGGAAGCUAUAGCUAUAGAGCGAGCUCUGUUGUCAGGGACAGCGGGGGUCAAGCUGCAAGGAGCCUCUCCUGAGACUGACUGGAGCCACUCGCUGGAGGAACCAGAGGAGAAGACAUGGCCUAACUUUGCUGAAGAUGAACGAGACAGAGUGCAGAAGAAAACCUUCACAAAAUGGGUUAACAAGCAUUUGAUUAAGUCGCAGCGUCACGUCACAGAUCUGUAUGAAGACCUUCGAGAUGGACAUAACCUGAUCUCAUUGUUGGAGGUCCUCUCUGGAGAGACACUGCCUAGAGAGAAAGGACGCAUGCGAUUCCACAAACUGCAGAAUGUACAAAUAGCACUGGACUUCCUCAAACACCGGCAGGUCAAGCUGGUUAACAUCAGAAAUGACGACAUAGCAGACGGGAACCCUAAGCUGACUCUGGGGUUAAUAUGGACCAUCAUCCUCCACUUCCAGGUCUCCUCCUCUAUCUCAGAUAUUCAGAUCAAUGGCCAAUCAGAGGACAUGACAGCCAAAGAGAAGCUGCUGCUCUGGUCCCAGAGGCUGACAAACGGCUACCAGGGCAUCCGCUGCGACAACUUCACCACCAGCUGGCGGGACGGCAAACUCUUCAACGCUGUCAUACACAAGCACUAUCCCAGACUCAUCGACAUGGGUCAAGUGUACCGACAGACCAACCAGGAGAACCUUGAACAGGCGUUCAGUGUGGCUGAGAAAGACCUGGGUGUGACUCGUCUUCUGGACCCUGAGGAUGUUGAUGUCCCACACCCUGACGAGAAAUCCAUCAUCACCUACGUGUCAUCCCUGUAUGAUGUCAUGCCUCGUGUUGACGUUCAUGAUGGCAUCAGAGCUAAUGAGCUGGAGCUGCGCUGGCAGGAAUACUAUGAGCUGGUGACACUUCUGCUCCAGUGGAUCCGCCACCAUGUUAUGAUCUUCGAACAGAGGAAGUUCCCUGCCAGCUAUGAGGAGAUAGAGCUUCUUUGGCGCCAGUUUUUGAAGUUUAAAGAGACGGAGCUACCAGUGAAGGAGUCUGACAAGAACCAAUCUAAACAGAUCUACCAGUCCUUUGAGAGUGCAGUGCAUGCUGGUCAGGUGAAGGUCCCCCCAGGAUACCAUCCCCUUGACGUGGAAAAAGAGUGGGGUCGACUCCACGUGGCCAUCCUUGAAAGAGAACGACUGCUCAGGAUAGAGUUUGAGAGACUUGAGAGACUUCAGAGGAUUUUCAGUAAAGUCCAGAUGGAGUCCGGGUUGUGUGAUAAGCAGCUGAGUCACCUGGAGAGCCUGCUCCAGACGGACAUUCGUCUGUUGAACGCAGGCAAACCAGCUCAGCACACAGCCGAGGUGGAACGGGAGCUGGAUAAUGCAGACAACAUGAUUCGCCUGCUCUUCAAUGAUGUGCAGAUGCUUAAAGAUGGGCGCCACCCUCAGGCUGAACAGAUGUAUCGCAGAGUUUACCGCCUCCACGAGCGCUUGGUGAACCUGCGCAGUGAUUACAACCUUCGUCUGAAGGCUGCUGCUUUAACUACUGCCCAGGUUCCCCUCUCCCAGACUCCUCAGCAGACCACCAUGAAGGUGCGACCGGAAGUAGAUGAUGUGACCUUGCGCUAUGUCCAAGACCUGCUGGCCUGGGUGGAAGAGAACCAGCGGCGUAUUGAUGAGGCAGAGUGGGGAUCUGAUCUGCCCUCAGUGGAGUCCCAGCUGGGCAGCCACAGGGGACUGCAUCAGACUGUGGAAGAUUUUAAAUCCAAGAUUGAACGGGCCAAGUCUGACGAGACCCAGUUAUCUCCUGUCAGUAAAGGCACAUACAGAGAAUACCUGGGAAAGCUGGACCUUCAGUAUGGCAAACUACUGAACUCUUCCAAGUCUCGCCUCAGGAACUUGGAAUCACUGCAUGCCUUUGUCACUGCUGCCUUUAAGGAACUGAUGUGGCUGAAUGACAAACAAGAAGAAGAGGUCAACUUUGACUGGAGUGACCAGAACUCCAACAUGACAGCUAAGAAAGACAAUUACUCAGGUCUCAUGAGAGAGCUGGAACUAAGGGAGAAGAAGGUAAAUGAUAUCAAGGCAAUGGGAGACAAACUUGUCAAAGAUGGACAUCCCGGCAAGAAAACAAUUGAGACCUUCACAGGUGCCCUGCAAACUCAGUGGAGCUGGAUCCUCCAGCUGUGCUGCUGUAUAGAGGCUCAUCUAAAGGAAAACACAGCCUACUACCAGUUCUUUACAGAUGUGAAAGAGGCUGAGGACAAGAUGAAGAAAAUGCAAGAGAACAUGAAAAAGAAAUACAGCUGUGAUCGCUCUACAACAGCCACACGCCUGGAGGAUCUGCUGCAGGAUGCUGUGGAGGAGAAGGAACAGCUGAAUGAAUACAAGACUCUGGUCACCAGUCUGAACAAGAGAGCCAGGUCCAUCAUCCAGCUGAAACCACGCAGCCCCACAACCUCCAUCAAAGGCAAACUGCCCAUCCAAGCUGUCUGUGACUUCAAGCAGCAGGAGAUCACUGUCCAUAAAGGAGAUGAGUGUGCACUCCUAAACAACUCUCAGCCCUUCAAGUGGAAGGUCUUGAACCGCUCCGGACACGAGGCAGUGGUUCCUUCUGUCUGCUUCAUUGUACCUCCAGUCAACAAGGAGGCUGUGGACAGUGUGUCCAGUCUGGAUGCAGGUCAUCAGCAGAUGGUGUCCAUGUGGCAGAUACUGCAUAUAAACAUGAAGAGUCUGUUGUCAUGGCAAUACCUGAUGAAAGACUAUACACAGAUACGCUCCUGGAACAUCACCAUGUUAAAAACCAUGAAACCAGAGGAAUACCGGCUCAUCAUGAGAAACCUGGAGCUCCACUACCAGGACUUCAUGCGCGACAGCCAGGACUCGCAGCUCUUUGGGCCUGAUGACCGCAUGCAGGUUGAGGAUGAAUACACCAAGUCCACCCAGCAUUUUGACAACCUGCUUCGCUCCAUGGAGAAAGGUCAGCAGGAUGAGACUCUGUGUAAGAACUACAUCUCUGAGGUCAAGGACCUGCGUCUGCGUAUAGAGGACUGUGAGGCUCAGACUGUGAGUCGCAUCCGCAAACCAGUGGAAAAAGAGCCUCUGAAAGAAUGCGCUCAGAAAACAACACAGCAGAAGAAAGUCCAGGGAGAGCUUGACAGCCUUAAGAUGGACCUUGAUAAGGUAACUGUGAAGACGCAACCGCUCUUAGCUUCCCCUCAACAGUCUGCCUCAACUCCUGUGCUGCGGUCAGAGCUUGAACUCACUGUGCAGAAGAUGGACCAUGUCCACAUGCUGUCCUCUGUUUAUCUGGAGAAGCUGAAGACUGUGGAGAUGGUCAUCCGUAACACACAGGGGGCUGAGGGAGUCCUAAAGCAGUAUGAGGAUUGUCUGCGUGAGGUUCACACCGUCCCCAGUGAUAUCAAGGAAGUAGAAACUUACAGAACUAAGCUGAAGAAAAUGCGAGCUGAAGCUGAAGGUGAACAGCCUGUGUUUGACUCCCUGGAGGAGGAGCUAAAGAAAGCCUCUGCUGUGAGUGAAAAGAUGUCCCGUGUGCACAGCGAGCGUGAUGCUGAACUGGACCACUACCGCCAGCUGAUGUCUAGUCUCCAGGACCGCUGGAAGGCAGUGUUCACCCAGAUCGACCUCCGCCAGAGAGAGCUGGAGCAACUUGGUCGGCAGCUUGGUUACUACCGUGAGAGCUAUGAUUGGCUAAUCCGUUGGAUUAGUGACGCCAAGCAAAGGCAGGAGAAGAUCCAGGCAGUGCCUAUUACUGACAGCAAAACUCUGAAAGAUCAGCUUGCCCAGGAGAAGAAACUCCUGGAGGAGAUUGAACAGAACAAAGACAAAGUUGAUGAGUGUCAAAAGUAUGCCAAAGCGUAUAUUGAUUCUAUCAAGGACUACGAACUCCAGCUGGUUGCCUACAAAGCUCAAGUGGAACCUCUUGCUUCUCCCCUGAAGAAAACCAAGCUGGAUUCUGCUUCUGACAACAUCAUUCAAGAGUAUGUAACACUGAGGACCCGGUACAGUGAACUGAUGACUCUGACAAGUCAGUACAUCAAGUUUAUCACCGACAGGCAGCAACACUUGGAGGACGAGGAGAAAGCUGCACAGAAACUCAAAGCGGAAGAGCAGAAAAAGAUGGCGGAGAUGCAGGCUGAGUUAGACAAACAGAAGCAGUUAGCUGAAGCUCACGCAAAGGCCAUUGCUAAAGCUGAGAAAGAAGCUCAAGAGCUGAAGCUCAGAAUGCAGGAAGAAGUGAGCAAGAGAGAAACAGCUGCUGUAGACGCAGAGAAGCAAAAGCACAACAUCCAGCUGGAGCUGCAUGAGCUCAAAAACCUCUCAGAGCAGCAGAUCAAAGACAAAAGCCAUCAAGUGGAAGAAGCACUAAGAAGCCGAUCCAAGAUUGAGGAGGAAAUCCGGCUCAUCAGGAUCCAACUUGAGAUGACUGUAAAACAAAAGUCUACUGCAGAAUCUGAGCUUCAACAGCUUCGCGACAGAGCAGCUGAAGCAGAAAAGCUUCGAAAAGUUGCUCAAGAAGAGGCUGAGAAGCUCCGUAAACAAGUUAAUGAAGAAACACAGAAAAAGCGCCUGGCAGAGGAGGAACUCAAGCGCAAAUCAGAGGCAGAGAAAGAAGCUGCUCGGCAAAAACAAAAAGCUCUUGAAGACCUUGAAAACCUCCAAAGGCAGGCCGAAGAGGCUGAGAGGCAGGUCAAACAAGCAGAGAUUGAAAAGGAAAGACAAAUUAAGGUGGCUCAUGUGGCAGCACAGAAGACUGCCGCUGCUGAGCUCCAGAGCAAACACAUUUCUUUUGUAGAAAAGACCUCCAAGUUGGAGGAAUCACUCAAGCAAGAGCAUGGUGCUGUCCUUCAGCUGCAACAAGAAGCAGCCCGUCUCAAAAAACAACAAGAGGAUGCUGAAAAUGCCAGAGAAGAGGCUGAAAGAGAGCUUGAAAAAUGGAGGCAGAAAGCUAAUGAAGCCCUUCGUCUAAGACUUCAAGCCGAAGAAGAAGCUCACAAAAAGAGCCUUGCUCAAGAGGAAGCUGAGAAACAAAAGGAGGAGGCAGAGCGUGAGGCUAAGAAGAGAGCCAAAGCUGAAGAUUCGGCGCUGAAGCAGAAAGAUAUGGCCGAGAAGGAGCUCGAGAGGCAGAGGAAGGUAGCUGAGAGCACAGCUCAGCAGAAGCUCACUGCAGAACAAGAGCUCAUCCGACUCAGAGCAGACUUUGACAAUGCCGAGCAACAGAGAUCUCUCCUCGAGGAUGAACUUUAUCGCCUGAAGAAUGAAGUUGCUGCAGCUCAGCAGCAAAGGAAACAGCUGGAAGAUGAAUUGGCCACAGUUAGGAGUGAAAUGGAUUUAUUAAUCCAGAUGAAGUCUAAGGCAGAAAAGGAGUCCAUGUCCAAUACAGAGAAGAGCAAACAACUUCUUGAAGCAGAAGCCAUCAAGAUGAGGGACCUGGCUGAAGAGGCAAGCAAGCUUAGAGCCAUUGCAGAAGAGGCCAAGCAUCAGCGGCAAAUAGCAGAGGAUGAAGCAGCUCGUCAGAGAGCCGAGGCUGAGAGGAUUCUCAAAGAGAAACUUGCUGCUAUCAGUGAAGCCACAAGAUUAAAAACAGAGGCUGAAAUUGCCCUGAAAGAAAAGGAGGCAGAGAACGAGCGGCUCCGACGACAAGCUGAGGAUGAGGCUUACCAGAGAAAAGCUCUUGAGGACCAGGCCAACCAGCACAAGCAAGAAAUUGAGGAAAAGAUAAUCCAACUGAAAAAGUCUUCUGAGGCUGAAAUGGAAAGACAAAGAGCAUUAGUGGAUGACACACUAAAACAGAGACGGGCUGUUGAAGAAGAAAUCCGAAUCCUUAAGCUAAACUUUGAAAAGGCUUCAUCUGGAAAACUUGAUCUGGAGCUAGAACUGAAUAAGCUUAAAAACAUAGCAGAGGAAACUCAACAAAGCAAGCUCAGAGCAGAGGAAGAAGCAGAGAAACUGAGGAAGCUUGCCCUCGAGGAGGAGAACAGGAGGAGAGAGGCAGAGGAAAAGGUCAAAAAGAUUGCUGCUGCUGAAGAAGAGGCAGCCAGACAACGUAAGGCAGCCCAAGAAGAGCUUGAACGUCUAAAAAAGAGAGCAGAGGAAGCCAGAAUGCAAAAAGAUGAGGCUGACAAAGAGGCAGAAAAACAAAUUGUUGCAGCCCAGCAAGCGGCUAUGAAAUGCAGUGCAGCUGAGCACCAGGUGCAAAGUGUUCUUGCACAACAAAAGGAGGAUAGUCUCAUGCAAAAGAACCUUAAGGAAGAGUAUGAGAAAGCCAAGAAGCUUGCUAAAGAGGCAGAGGCUGCCAAGGAGAAGGCAGAAAGGGAGGCAGCUCUCCUCCGUCAACAAGCAGAAGAUGCAGAACGACAAAAAGCUGCUGCAGAACAAGAAGCUGCAAACCAAGCCAAAGCUCAGGAAGAUGCUGAGAGGUUGAGGAAGGAAGCUGAGUUUGAAGCUGCAAAGCGAGCACAAACGGAAGCUGCCGCACUCAAGCAGAAACAACAAGCUGAUGAUGAAAUGGCAAAGCACAAAAAACUAGCCGAGCAAACAUUAAAACAAAAGUUCCAGGUGGAGCAAGAGCUCACAAAGGUUAAGCUUAAGCUUGACGAAACAGACAAACAGAAGUCUGUCCUCGAUGAAGAGCUGCAGCGCCUGAAAGAUGAGGUUGAUGAUGCUGUUAAACAGAGGGGCCAGGUGGAGGAGGAGCUUUUCAAGGUUAAGGUUCAAAUGGAGGAACUACUCAAACUUAAAACCAGAAUUGAGGAGGAAAACCAACGUCUCAUCAAAAAAGACAAAGAUAACACUCAAAAAUUCCUUGCCGAGGAGGCUGAAAAUAUGAAAAAGCUUGCAGAGGAUGCUGCAAGGCUCAGUGUCGAGGCCCAGGAAGCUGCCCGCUUGAGGCAGAUCGCAGAGGAAGACCUUAAUCAGCAACGAGCUCUUGCAGAAAAAAUGCUCAAAGAGAAAAUGCAGGCCAUACAAGAAGCAUCUAGACUCAAAGCUGAAGCAGAGAUGCUCCAAAAGCAGAAAGACUUAGCUCAGGAACAGGCCCAAAAGCUUCUGGAGGACAAACAACUAAUGCAGCAGCGUCUAGAGGAAGAAACAGAGGAAUACCAGCGCUCACUUGAAGCAGAGAGAAAAAGGCAGUUGGAGAUCAUCGCUGAAGCAGAAAGACUUAAACUUCAGGUUUCUCAGCUCAGUGAAGCACAGGCCAAAGCUGAAGAAGAGGCUAAAAAAUUCAAGAAACAGGCAGAUACAAUUGCUACUCGCCUUCAUGAGACUGAAAUUGCCACCAAAGAAAAAAUGACGGCAGUUGAAAGACUGGAAUACGAGAGACUAAAUACCAGCAAAGAGGCUGAUGAUUUUCGCAAAGCUAUCGCAGACCUAGAGAACGAGAAGGCUAGACUGAAAAAGGAGGCUGAAGAACGUCAAAAUAAGUCUAAAGAGAUGGCUGAUGCACAGCAGAAACAAAUGGAGCAUGAAAAGACAGUGCUUCAACAGACAUUCCUGACAGAGAAGGAGAUGCUGUUAAAGAAAGAGAAGCUAAUUGAAGAUGAGAAAAAGAGGCUGGAGAGCCAGUUUGAAGAGGAAGUCAAAAAAGCAAAGGCUCUCAAAGAUGAACAGGACCGCCAAAGACAGCAGAUGGAGGAGGAGAAGAAGAAACUUAAGGCUACCAUGGAUGCGGCUCUUAGUAAACAAAAAGAAGCAGAACAAGAAAUGCUUAACAAGCAAAAACAAAUGCAAGAAUUAGAAAAGAAGAGACUAGAACAGGAAAAAAUUCUUGCAGAGGAGAACCAGAAGUUACGUGACAAACUACAGCAACUCGAAGAAGCCCAGAAAGACCAGCACACAAGAGAAAUUGACAUUCAAACUGAUAAAGUCCCAGACAAAGAGAGCAUCCAUGUAACAAUAGUUGGGACAACAAAGAAUGUUUACAAUGGUCAAAGUGCAGGUGACAUGGUGGAUGGGGUAGACAAGAGACCAGAUCCAUUAGCUUUUGAUGGCAUCCGCGAAAAGGUACCUGCAAGCAGACUUCAUGACUUAGGCCUUUUACCCAAGAAGGAGUUUGAACAGCUGAAAAAUGGCAAAAUCACUGUUCGUGAGCUUGGUGAAACUGAUAAUAUAAAAAGAAUUCUCAAAGGAAAGAAUGCCAUUGCUGGUGUCUUGACACCAAGUAAUCAAAAGAUGUCAAUCUAUCAAGCAUCAAAAGAAAAGAAGAUUACUCCUGGCACAGCCAUGAUCCUCCUUGAAGCACAAGCAGCCACUGGUUACAUGUUGGACCCCAUCAAGAAUCAGAAACUUCCUGUUAAUGAGGCUGUCAAGGAAGGCUUGAUUGGACCUGAACUACACAAUAAAAUGCUUUCAGCUGAGAGGGCUGUUGUUGGCUACAAGGAUCCAUACACUGGUGGAAAGAUCUCCGUUUUUGAAGCCAUGAAAAAGGGGCUGUUAGAACACGAUCAUGCCAUCAGAGUCCUUGAGGCUCAGAUUGCUACUGGUGGCAUUAUUGACCCCAUCAACAGUCACCGUGUACCCAAUGAAAUAGCCUAUAAGCAAGGACAGUAUGAUCCAGAAAUGAAUACAAUUAUUCAGAAACCUUCAGAUGAUUCUAAGGGAUACUUUGACCCCAGCACUCAGGAACCUUUGACUUAUUCUGAGCUGAUAGCAAGAUGCCACUCUGACCCAGAGACUGGUCUGUUACUCCUGCCAAUCACAGACAAAGCUGCUCAAUGCUCCAGUAUUUACACAGAAGAGGAGACCAAAGAUGUAUUCAGUAAAACAACUGUGUCUGUGCCAUUUGGAAGAUUCAAGGGAAAAACUGUCACCAUUUGGGAAAUAAUCAACUCUGAGUACUUCACUGAAGAUCAGAAGAAGGACCUUCUUCGUCAGUACAAAACUGGCAAAAUUACAAUUGAAAAGAUCAUUAAGAUUGUGAUUACUGUGGCCGAGGAAAAAGAAAAGAAGAAUGAAAUUACCUUUGAUGGUCUGAGGGCACCUGUCCCUGCCAGUGAGCUCCUGGAAUCCAAAAUCAUUGAUAAAGAUCUGUACAACAAGUUGCACAAAGGAAAUAUUACAACCAAAGAGGUCUCUGAAAUGGAGCCAGUUCACAAAGCACUGAAGGGUACAAACUGCAUUGCAGGUGUAAUCAUUGAUUCAUCUAAGGAGACAAUGUCCUUUUAUCAAGCUAUGAAGAAGAACAUGAUGAGGGCUGGGCUUGCAUUGAAUAUGCUCGAAGCCCAAGCAGGCAGUGGGUAUGUGAUUGACCCUGUUCACAAGCAGAUGUACACUGUUGAUGAAGCUGUGAAAGCAGGUGUUGUUGGUCCUGAGCUUCAUGAAAAGCUCUUGUCUGCAGAGAGAGCUGUUACGGGUUACAAGGAUCCCUACACUGGAAAGACUGUAUCUCUUUUCCAGGCAAUGAAAAAAGAUCUCAUUCCCAAAGAGCAAGGUAUCCGAUUGCUCGAUGCCCAGAUGACCACUGGAGGUAUCAUUGAUCCUGUUAAGAGUCAUCACAUUUCUCAUGAGGUGGCUUGCAAGAGAAAUUAUUUUGAUGAUGAAAUGAAACAGUCUCUGAGCAGCCCAACUGAUGAAACUAAAUGUUUCUUUGAUCCAAACACAAAAGAAUGUGUCACAUACUCACAGCUUUUCAAGAGAUGUGUAACUGACAAGAAAACUGGUCUCCAGCUUCUCCCUCUGUCUAAUGAAGCAAUCAAUGACAAGGAGGAGACAAUGUACACUGAAGCUCAGAUGAAAGAGGCUAUGACUCAGGCAACUCUGGAGCUUGAUUCUGGACCAUUUAAGGGCAGGAAGAUGACCCUCUGGGAAAUUAUCAACUCUGAAUAUCUCACUGAGGAACAGAGGCUUGACCUGCUCAGACAGUAUCGGUCAGGAAAGAUUACAAUUGAAAGGAUAAUUAAGAUUAUUAUCACAAUUGUAGAUGAGAAAGAGGCCAAAAAAAGGGAACAGUCUUCCUUCAAAGGACUAAGAGCUCCUGUCGCAGCAGGCUCUCUGUAUGACUCCAAAAUCCUUGACAAGAUAACCUUUGAAAAUCUUCAACAAGGCAAAACAACACCCAAACUAGUCCAUGAGAAUCCCAGUGUUAGAAAAUACCUUCAGGGCACUGAAAGCAUUGCUGGCAUUUACCUGGUACCUACAAAGGAGAAGAUGAGCAUUUAUGAAGCAAUGAAGAAAAAGCUCCUUAGACACAACACUGGCCUUUCACUUCUUGAGGCUCAAGCUGCAACUGGGUUCAUUGUAGAUCCAGUGAGUAACCAACACCUUACGGUAGAUGAAGCUGUGAAAUCAGGUCUUGUUGGUCCAGAACUUCACGAGAAACUCCUCUCUGCAGAAAAAGCUGUCACUGGCUAUAAGGAUCCUUUCACAGGCAAGACAAUCUCCCUCUUUGAAGCAAUGCAAAAAGAUCUCAUCUUGAAAGAACAUGCCAUGCCACUUCUGGAAGCACAGAUGGUCAGUGGAGGAAUCAUUGACCCUGUAAAUAGCCACCGUGUACCAAUGGAUGUUGCAUAUCAGAGGAACAUUUUCAGUAAAGAAAUUGCCGAAACCCUAUCUGAACCAUCAGAUAAUAACAAGGCCUUCUCUGAUCCAGCAACUGAUGAGAAUAUAACCUAUAAGCAGCUUAAAGACAAAUGCCAAAGAGAUGCAGACACAGGCUUGUAUGUCCUCCCCCUCUCCAAGCCUCAGUCCCCAACUGUUGUGGAGAAGACGUACCUCUAUACAGAAGAACAAACCCAGAGUGAUCUGACCAGCACCCAAAUUGACAUUCCAAUUGAGGGCCUUGCUGAUAAACCAAUGAGUCUCUGGGAUGUCAUGAAUUCAAAUUUGCUUCCAGAGCAGGAGAGACAGAAACUCAUGGAUGAAUAUCGCUCUGGUAAAAUCACUAAGGAGAGGAUGAUCAUCAUUAUUAUUGAGAUCAUGGAACAAAGAGAGAUCAUCAGGAAUGAUAGUCCAUUGUCAUAUAUGACCAUAAGGAGAAGGAUAACAAUUGAGGAACUUUACAAUGCCCGAAUCAUCGACUUGGAGACAUACAACCUUCUCAAACAGGGCAAGAGGAAUAUCCGUGACAUAAUGGAGUUGACCAGUGUGAAACAGUAUCUCUAUGGCACAGGCUGCGUUGCUGGUGUCACAACAGACUCAAGCUCCAAGAUAAGCAUAUACCAAGCAAUGAAAAGAGGUUUCCUUAAACCAGAAAUAGGCCUCAGCCUCCUGGAAGCACAGGCUGCAACAGGAUUCAUUGUUGACCCAGUGAAGAAUGAGACCCUUACUGUUGAUGAGGCUGUUCGUAAGGGUGUUGUUGGACCUGAGAUCCAUGAUAAACUUCUUUCUGCUGAAAGAGCUGUCACUGGAUACAAAGAUCCAUACAGUGGGAAAAUCAUAUCUCUUUUCCAGGCAAUGAAAAAAGAUCUUGUUCCAGAGGACUAUGCCCUGAAAAUGUUGGAGGCACAAACUGCCACUGGUGGCAUUAUUGAUCCAGAAUUCCAGUUCCACCUGCCUGCAGACAUUGCUUUGCAAAGAGGUUAUAUCAAUAAAGAGACCAACGAGAGACUGACUGAUAAUGUUAAGGGGUUCAUUGACCCAGUCAAUGAUGAGAAGCUGUCAUAUGCACAGCUUCUCAAGAGAUGCAAGCUGGAGGGCGGAUUGCGCCUACUCUCUCUGGGAGACAAGAGAUUGACAUUCAAGGGUCUGAGAAAACAGAUUACAAUGGAGGAGCUGGUUCGUUCCCAAAUUAUAGACCAACAGACUGUCACUGAAUUAAAUGAAGGCCUUCUUUCAGUGGAAGAGGUUAGCAAUAGACUGUCAAGGUAUCUUGAGGGCACAGGCUGCAUUGCUGGUGUAUUUUUGGAGUCCUCAAAAGAACGUCUAUCAAUAUACCAGGCCAUGAAGAAGAACAUGAUUAGGCCAGGUACUGCAUUUGAACUCCUUGAGGCCCAGGCAGCCACAGGAUAUGUCAUUGAUCCAAUCAAGAACCUAAAACUGACUGUCAGUGAAGCAGUAAAAAUGGGAAUCGUAGGUCCAGAAUUUAAAGACAAGUUGCUAUCUGCUGAGCGUGCAGUGACUGGAUAUAGAGAUCCUUAUUCAGGCAAAACAAUCUCCCUGUUCCAGGCCAUGAAAAAGGGCCUCAUCCUGAAAGAUCAUGGUAUUCGUCUCCUGGAAGCCCAAAUUGCCACAGGUGGAAUUAUUGACCCAGAGGAAAGUCACCGUGUGCCAGUCGAAGUGGCCUACAAUCGUGGCUUCUUUGACGAAGAAAUGAAUGAGAUCCUGACAGAUCCAUCUGAUGACACCAAAGGAUUCUUUGAUCCUAAUACUGAAGAAAACCUAACCUACCUCCAGCUGAUGGAGAAGUGUAUCACUGAUCCUGACACUGGUCUGGUGCUCCUCCUACUGAAAGAAAAGAAGCGGGAAAGGAAGACUUCCUCUAAAUCCUCAGUUCGUAAACGCAGAGUUGUCAUUGUAGACCCAGAGACAGGCAAAGAAAUGACUGUAUACGAGGCCUACAGGAAAGGACUCAUUGACCACCAAACCUACCUGGAGCUUGCUGAGCAGGAGUGUGAAUGGGAGGAGAUCACAAUGACCUCCUCUGAUGGCACUGUAAAAUCCAUCAUCAUUGACAGGAGGUCAGGCAGACAGUAUGACAUCGAUGAUGCUAUCUCACGUGGACUUAUUGACAACAAUGCUCUUGAUACAUACAGAGCCGGAAAUCUGUCUAUCACAGAAUUUGCUGACAUGCUUUCUGGAAGCAUGGGAGGCUUCCGUUCACGAACAUCUUCAUUUGGUUCCACCACCGGUUCCACUUACUCCUCUUCCAUGAGCCCCAUUCCAUCUGUUAAACCACCUGCAGUCAUGUGGAAUGACCCAACAGAGGAGACAGGACCUAUAGCAGGAAUAUUGGACACAGACACAUUGGAGAAAGUGUCUAUCACUGAAGCAAUGCACAGAAACCUGGUGGACAACAUCACAGGACAAAGACUGCUGGAGGCCCAAGCCUGCACAGGAGGAAUAAUUGACCCCACAAGUGGAGAAAGAUUCUCAGUCACUGAAGCCACAGAGAAAGGCUUGGUGGAUAAAGUCAUGGUUGAUCGCCUCAACCUGGCACAAAAAGCCUUCAAUGGAUUUGAAGACCCCAGAACUAAAGUAAAGAUGUCUGCCUCCCAGGCUCUAAAGAAGGGCUGGCUGUAUUAUGAGGCUGGCCAGCGUUUCCUUGAGGUCCAGUAUCUGACCGGUGGACUUAUUGAGCCUGAAGUCGAGGGCAGAGUGUCCAUAGAUGAAUCUAUUAGGAAAGGAACAAUUGAUGCUCGCACUGCCCAGAAAUUGAGAGAUGUCAGUGCCUAUUCAAAAUAUCUAACAUGUCCAAAAACCAAACUGAAAAUCUCCUUCAAAGAUGCCAUGGACAGAUGCAUGGUUGAAGAAGGAUCUAGCCUGAGGCUUCUGGAGGCCUCUUCACAAUCUAGCAAAGGCCUUUACAGCCCCUACAAUGCCAGUGGUUCUGGAUCUGCAUAUGGUUCUCGAACUGGCUCAAGAACCGGAUCCCGAUCAGGCUCCCGGAGGGGCAGCUUUGAUGCUGGCUUUAGUGUGAACUUCUCAACAUCCUCCUUCACAUCCUCAUCUACCCACACCCGCAGAUUCUGAUUAGCUAGCUCAGUUCUUAAUAACUAGUGCUUAAGAACCAACAAUACUAAUGCACUUUACAGCUGCAUUUCUAACAGGAAAAAAUAGUUAAAGUAACAAAGGAAAUAUAAUUUAUUUAUUCUUCAUUACAUGCAUCAACAACAAGAUCUGUCAAGUCUAUUGAUUAAUUUUACAUAUACAUAGCAUCAGUGUAAACUCAAGCUUCAUAUAUAAGGACAUAAGCAAGAAUUAAUAAUAUAGAAAAUAUUCAUUUCCUCUAGUAGAGAUUAUCAAGUUGGUUAAUAUUUUUCAAAGCAAAGCAUGAUAUUUUUGCAGUUUUUAAGCAACAAUAGAAUUUGUCAUUUUUACACCUGUUCAAAAGAUGGAUUCUAGUGAUUUUUAAAACUAAUAUAUUCUGUAUUUCAAACAUAUAUUUUCCUGUAUUUCUUGUUUCUUUUGAAAAUUAUUUGUCUAUUUUCUAACUUUUUUGACAGCAGUAGUAAUGACAUACUGAAUGUCCACAUAAGUCUAAUGUUUUUAACUAAAACAUAGAUGCCUUCAAAACUUCUGAAUGUUUGUAGAGUUUGAACAGAAGAUGUGUUUACCCAGUAAAUAGCAGCACAAAUUACACAAGUAAAACACUACAAAAUGAAACACUACAAUAACAUAAAAUUGAAAAGAAGUGCCAAAAUGACAAAUAUGCAGACUUUUCUAAAACUACUUUCACGUCUGUCAUCACAUAAAAGCAUUUACAUUCAGUGCACAGAUUUAUUGCUUCAUUAUUCACUCCAAAUGUUGGAUUGCCCAUAUUCACCAUCACUCAAGUGUUCCUGCCACAUCCCAAGAUGAAGUCAGACUUGAUCCUGCCCCCCUUCUCAGACCUGCUGCCUGUUGUUUUCAUUCUUCUGCAUCAGUUACUCAGAUUCCAACAUAUGAGCACAGGAUCUCUGUUGGCCGAAGCAAACAACCCCCCCACAUUGGAUGGAUUUGCAGGUCCAUGUCGUCCUUGUGCAGUAACACAGAUCUACCUUUGAGUAUGUGCUUUCAUCCAUUGUUCAUCACACUUGAGGAAAGCUGAGACUGAGUCAACUUCAUCUUGGGAUGCCUUUAUAGGAACACCCUUCACUCAUUAUAUUGUCAUGUGUUUAUGAUUUGAAUGAUAACAGUGACAUAUAUGUGCUAAGAUUUUCUUGAUAUUUACACUGAAUUUACACAACUAUGCAAUAACAUUCUUUCAUUCAAAUCGGGACAUUUAGUAAAAUAACAGCUUGUAUUCAGUUAGCUGUCCCACUGAGUAUAUUUUUCUGUUAUCUCUGAUUUUUAAUUCAGGACAAUCAAAGUGCCUUCAAUAUAAUUUGGAUUACAUGAAUGUUAGCAGUAUAUCAAAUGCACUCCUGUGCAAAUGCACAGCUCAGUUUUAUUUAGCUUUUUCUCAUAUCAGACAUUUCUGUUCUGCAUCUCUGUUUAAGUUGUUUUCAUCAUUUUUUUUAUAUUAUAAAUUUGUUUUGCAUGUUUUCCUAACUUUUCAAAUGAAAUUGGGGGGGGGGGGGGGGGGGGGGGGGGGUCAUUCAUGUAAAAUAAAGAUCAUUUCAUUUUGGCUUCAUGGAUUGGUUGGUUUUGCUUUUGGGACAAAUGUUACUUUAAAUGGGGGAGGAUUCUGCUGUAUGUGAACAUAACACUAUGUUGUAAAUAAAUAUGCUCUGAACAGGCA